AGGAGGCUGUCAGCUCGUCAGAUUCCCGGCUCCCCGAGCCCCCGGAGCCCUCGCAUCCAGGAUCCAGGAUCCAGGAUCCAGCCGGCGGCUCUGGCCCUGCCGUUGCCAUGGUCGCUGCGGGCUGCUCUUGGCGCUGCUGCUGCCUGGCGCUGGCCCUCGCCUACCUGGGCAGGCUGGCGGGAGGUGGUGGGCUUCCAGACACAGACGAGUGUGCAGAGGCCACAGACGACUGCCACAUCGAUGCCAUCUGCCAGAACACCCCCAAGUCCUUCAAGUGUCUCUGCAAACCUGGCUACAAGGGCGAGGGAAAACAGUGUGAAGAUAUUGAUGAGUGUGAGAAUGACCACUACAAUGGGGGCUGUGUUCACGAAUGCAUCAACAUCCCUGGGAACUACCGCUGCACGUGCUAUGAUGGCUUCAUGCUGGCCCACGACGGGCACAACUGCCUGGACGUGGACGAGUGUCUGGACAACAAUGGAGGGUGCCAGCAGAUCUGUGUGAACGCGAUGGGCAGCUAUGAGUGCCAGUGCAAGGAGGGCUUUUUCCUGAGUGAUAACCAGCACACGUGCAUUCACCGCUCCAAUGAGGGUAUGAACUGUAUGAACAAAGAGCAUGGCUGCACUCACAUCUGCCGGGAGACGCCCAAAGGUGGGGUUGCCUGCGAAUGUAGGCCGGGCUUUGAACUUGCCAAAAACCAGAGGGACUGCACAUUAACCUGUAACUAUGGGAACGGAGGCUGCCAGCACACCUGCGAUGACACAGAUACAGGACCCGUGUGCGGCUGUCACCAGAAGUAUGCCCUGCAUGCCGACGGCCGGACCUGCAUCGAGCAGGGUGAGGCUGCAAUUGAGGGCUCUCGGUUCAAUGCCACGUCAGUAGCUGAUGUGGACAAACGGGUGAAACGGCGGCUCCUUAUGGAGACGUGUGCAGUCAACAAUGGCGGCUGUGACCGGACUUGCAAGGACACGGCGACGGGAGUGCGCUGCAGCUGCCCGGUUGGCUUCACCCUGCAACCCGAUGGCAAGACAUGCAAAGACAUCGACGAAUGCCUGGUGCACAGCGGUGGCUGCGACCACUUCUGCAGGAACACUGUGGGCAGUUUCGAGUGCAGCUGCCAGAAGGGCUACAAGCUGCUGACGGAUGAGCGGACCUGCCAAGACAUCGACGAAUGCUCCUUCGAGCGCACGUGCGACCACACCUGCAUCAACUACGCCGGCAGCUUCGAGUGCCGCUGCCGCCGAGGCUUCACCCUGUACGGCACCAGCCACUGCGGAGAUGCCGACGAGUGCAGCGUCGGCCACGGGGCCUGCGGCUCUGGCUGCGUUAACACGGCGGGCAGCUACGAGUGCAUCUGCCCACCAGGGAGGAAGCUGCACUGGAACAGGAAGGAUUGUGUCGAGACGGUGAGAUGUCGCCCCAAUAGCUCCCACUCGGCUCCCCAGGCCCAGCUCGCCUGCAGCAAAUCGGGAGGGAUCGAAAACUGCUUCUUCUCCUGCCGCUCCAACACACGCUUCACUCCAGACUCAGAGAACAGUUACACCUUGAGCUGCGGCGUGCCAGUACAACCGGCCAGGUCUUCCCCGCAGAGACGGAACUCCACCCUUCCUGGCUGUGCAGAUGCCUUGGCCCUGCCUGCCAAGCAGAAAGCCCGCUUCAAGAUCAAAGAGGCCAAGUGCCACCUGCGGCUCCGCAGCAAGGAGAAGUUGAAGGAGGUCCCGAAGCCAACAAUCUUGGAUAGUUUCCCGGUCACCUUCUUGAGCCUCAAGUGCGACUCGUCCAAGAAGAAACGCCGAGGCCGCAAGUCCCCAUCCAAGGAAGUGGCCCACAUCACUGCUGAGUUUGAAGUGGAGAUCAAGCCAGAAGAUGUCUCAGAUGCCUGUAAUCUUGACUGCAUUCGGAAAAGGAUGGAGCAGAAACUGCAAACUGCCAUCAAAACGCUGCGAAAAUCCAUUAACAAGCAGCAGUUUCACAUACAGGUUCCAGGGGCAGAGUAUGAGGUGGCCCGGAAGGCGGCCAAGGCUGCUGAGGGACCGGAAGCUUGUGGGGCCGGGCAGGAACUACAGGAUGGGGCUUGUGUCACCUGCAGCCCAGGCACCUACUACAGUGGAGAGCUCAGCCGGUGCCUACCCUGCUCGUCAGGCACAUUCCAGGACGUCGAGGGCCAGCUCUCCUGUGAACCCUGCCCGAGCAAUGAUGGCCAGGGGCUGCUGGGGGCCCGGAAUGUGUCUGAAUGUGGAGGUCAGUGUUCUCCUGGUCUCUACUCCUCUGAUGGCUUUAAGCCCUGCAGACCGUGCCCAGUGGGCACCUACCAGCCAGAGCCAGGGCGGACCCUGUGCUUCCCCUGUGGAGGGGGGCUCGUGACCAAGUCCGAAGGAUCUGUUUCGUUCCAGGACUGUGAGACGAAAGUGCACUGUUCCCCUGGGCACCAUUACAACGCCACCACCCACAGAUGUAUCCGAUGUCCCCUGGGAACCUACCAGCCUGAGUUUGGGCAGAACUUCUGCGUCACCUGCCCCGGGAACACCAGCACAGAUUUCGAUGGCUCCACCAAUGUCACCCAUUGUAAAAACCGGCACUGCGGCGGCGAGCUGGGUGACUACACAGGUUUCAUCGAGUCCCCCAACUAUCCUGGGGACUACCCGGCCAACGUGGACUGCGUCUGGAACAUCAACCCCCCGCCCAAGAGGCGGGUGCUCAUCGUGGUGCCCGAGAUCUUCCUCCCCAGCGAGGAUGAGUGUGGCGAUGUUCUCGUCAUGAGAAAGAGCGCCUCCCCGACGUCCAUCACCACAUACGAGACCUGCCAGACGUACGAGAGACCCAUAGCCUUCACCUCCCGGUCCCGGAAACUCUGGAUCCAGUUCAAGUCCAAUGAAGGGAACAGUGGCAAAGGGUUCCAAGUCCCCUACGUGACCUAUGACGAGGACUACCAGCAGUUGAUAGAGGACAUUGUCCGGGAUGGACGACUGUAUGCAUCUGAGAACCAUCAGGAGAUCUUAAAGGACAAGAAGCUGAUCAAAGCCCUCUUUGAUGUGCUGGCCCAUCCCCAAAACUACUUCAAGUACACGGCACAGGAAUCCAAGGAGAUGUUCCCAAGGUCAUUCAUAAAGCUCCUGCGGUCCAAAGUGUCCAGAUUCCUUCGGCCGUACAAAUAACUCCCUGCGGGCUGUCAGCGGGGGCCGGUCAAAUCCCUUCUCCCCUCCGCCGUAGGACAUUUGCUCAUCGAGUGGCUCUGCGGCAGCAGCCCCGAUGCCCUGAUGCCCCGAUGUCUGCCCCGUGUAUCCUGAAGAGUCACCGUGCUGUCUGAUACUCUUUCGAAGCCAGUGUUGAGAGCAAAUCCUCCCUUGGAAAUGCCAGGCCCCGGAGAGACCAGAUGGCACCUGCCAGCUCAGCCGGAUGCGGGAGCACCAAGACUUCUCCUUUAGGGAAAUCCCUUAUCCAAACCUGGCCAAGUCCUAGGAGGGAAACAGGGAAACUGCCUUCCUAGGCCAGGAAAAGCCCAGUGAGCUUGGCACCAGGAGUCUCGCGGAUUGGUGUGGGGUGGGGAGACAGACGUCUGAAGUUCAAAUGUAUCUGGAACUGGAAUUGCACUUGGACUUGGGUUGGAAAUGCUCGGUGAGGAGGAAGAAAGCGGUGCUGUCUCUUGGAGAGCUGGCCUGCGUGGGAGCCAGAGCAGAAACAGCAGAACUGAUGAGUUGUUCUGCAGGCUAGGCCAGCUCCCAAGCUGCCGACUCCCACGGCCCCGACUCCCACAACGCUGACUCCCACGCUGCUGACUCUCACAGCACCGACUCCCAUGGGCUUACUCCCACGGUGCCAACUCUCGCAGGACUGACUUCCACGGUGCCAACUCCCACAGUGCUAACUCCCAUGCAAAGACUCCCAUAGCACCAACUCCACUCUGCUGACUCCCACAGCACUGACACCUACAGUGCCGGCCCAUACGCUGUCUCGUGCUUUCGCCCAUAUGGCACAGACUUCUGUGACACUGACUCCUGUGCCUUCAUCCUGUCUUGUUCUGAUGUUUUUCCAGGCUGGAUCGCUUCGUCCCCCUGCCCUAAACCCAGGGAUGAUGAACGGGAUCUGUCUUGGGUGGCCGUGGCGGGGGGAGAGGGGGCCCUCCGGGUGGUGAGGAGCUAAAAGAACAGCUGUACAUAUUUCUUUGCCCUGAUAGAGCAUCUAAUUGUUACUUCUAUUCAUGGGUGAGGUAGUAACGUUAUCUUUAGCUGCUGUAAAUACUUCUCAUCUCUCCUUGCCCCUCCCAUGCGGUUCUUAAUCUGUCUGUUUUUCAUUUUUGCGGAGGGGACUAAAUCACCACUCUAAGUACUCUCCCCAACCUGAAACCUCUCAUGGUUGGGGUGGUGAUGGAAGAAGGGCCCCCCCAAGAUGACCCGUUGGUUCAGCGGGUUGGACCAUCUCUGCAGUGGGAGUUGCCUGGGUCCCGGUUGCUGAGAGAGGAUCGCCAGAGGGAUGCACGGCCCUCAGCCCCACGAGACAAGACACGGACAGCUUCCUCCUGCCUGGGAGCCAGGGCCAACGAGGCAUCAGCUCACGUCGGGCUGAGCAGUUUGUUUCAUCCCUCCAGUGACCAGGAUGGGCCUUGGAACUUUGACUGGAUCUCAGUUCUUCUUGGGCUUUUCAACUCCUCACCCUUUCCCCUCUAAUAACCCACCUUGGCUCUGUCCUUCAUGAAUGUAUCCAUAUUUUCUUGAACCUACUGCUCUUGCCAUUUCUGGCCUGCAAGACUUCCUUUGGAUAGGGAAUUCCAGGUUUACCCCACACAAGAAAAGCAUUUCCUUCUGCUCGCUUGGUCCAGUCCGAUUGGCCCAGCCCUGAUGGAGCCCCUCACCCCCUUCCUAUGUGAGGAGCACCUCCUUCAGCCUUCCUUUCCAGAUUGGGGCUGCCCUUCAGAAAAACGAUUUCACAUCACUUUGGUUCCACUCUCUGAUUCCUUUCUCAAUCAGCUGGGUCCCCCUGCUGCAGGGUGGAAUGACCAGAAGCCCGUACUGACUCAGGACAGGGAAAACUCUACUUUCUCUUGUUUUCUGCCCCAACCGUGGUGAUGCUCUGCUCCUUGGAGGCUCCAUUCAGUUCCAGGCAAUGUCGGACUGUCGAAGGCACCUGAGAGUUCUUUGUCUCUCAUGGGAACCGCCAACUCUAGGCUAGUCGCCUUAAAGCUGGCACGUGGAUUUCCGUCCCACAGGGGCCAUGGCCUUGUUCCUGCCCCCAAGAGCCUCAUGCUUCCACCUCCCCUCCGCCCCUCAAUCUACUUCAAAGACUAUCCCUGCAGCUUCUCCCCACUGUUAUCGGCAAUGUGCUUUAUCCCUACACUCCCGGCUUCCCACCCCACACAGCCAGCCCUUCAGCUGCCGGGAAGAGCUCGAGGCCACUGGCGACCCUGAGAGCUCUCACUGUGCACCCUCACACCCAGAUCGUGGAUGAAAAUGUUGAGCAAAUCAGACCCAGCAACCGGGGAGCUCAAAGCCUCUUUCCCCAUCCAAAAAAUUGGCCUUUCCCUCAACCCGGUCUCCAGUUCCCCCUUAACGUCCCCGUCGCUGAUUUCUCUCCAUGAUAGGACAUUCCCUCCGAUCCCAUGAUUGUUCUGGGGUUCCCAAAGCUUUUGGGCUGGAACCUUGUCAAAGGCCGUUGGAAAAUCGCAAUACAUUAGAUCCAUUGGUU